ACCCUGGCGAUAGCCUGGUCACGUGCAGUCUCUGACUGAAAUACUAAGAGGGAGGUGGACAGAAUGUCAAUGUAUAGUUUGUAACUAUUAUUUUUAAAAGAUAAUCCGCUUUUCCAUAAAAAUGCCCUGUGGGACAGAACAGUAUUAUGAAAACCUGAUGUUAGAACAGAGGCGAGCACUAUGAUAGCGGUUGGUCUGACAGUUGCUGCUGCAGCAUUUGCAGGCCGCUAUGCUGUUAAAGCUAUGAAGCAUAUGGAACCCGCUUUGAAACAAACCAUUCAAUGCCUGCCCAAGUCGGCUUUCAGUGGAUACUACAGGGGUGGAUUUGAGGCUAAAAUGACCAAGAGAGAGGCAGCUCUUAUUUUGGGAGUGAGUCCUACAGCUAAUAAGGUUAAGGUCCGAGAAGCGCACAGGAGGAUCAUGGUGCUUAAUCACCCAGACAAAGGUGGAUCUCCUUAUCUUGCAUCUAAAAUCAAUGAAGCUAAAGAUUUACUGGAUUCUCAGAACAAAAAGUGACCUUGCAGGAAGACAAGUUAAACCAUCAUUUUUUUGAGGAUAUAUUAUGGUUUUAUGGUCUGCUAUUCAGCUUAUUUAAUCAUGUAAUCCAGAAUCUACUUCAAAUAAAUCAUCUAAUGUUCAAA